CUUCUCGGGAUUUCUUUUCUCUUUGCAACCUUACGUCUUCCAUAGCCCACCAUGUUAAUAGCCGGCAACAUGCCCCCCAAGCUCGGGGGCCAACCGCAUGACGAUAGAGGGGACUAUUUCGAACCCAAAUCCCCACUUGAGUCUAUCAAGAGUGGUGAUCCCCAGGGACUUGAAUGCUACCAGCAAGCCAUGCGCAAAUCUGCCGAGGCCGAUUUCGCGGCCUGUGCAAUGGAGAAAAUCAAGAUGGAGCUCGACACUGGAUUGUGGCAGGCCCUCGUCGUUCUACAGCGAGCAUUGCUCAACGAGCACCAUGACUUCUCCCUUCCUCAUGAACGAGACUCAUAUAGCCCAGCCCUCCGCAGGCUGUCCAGAAAGUACUUGUGGCCGGUGAUGGCGAAGAAAGCGCGCAGGGGCCUGGCAACAACUCUGCGACUGAUAUCAUACAUCAACCAGCAUCACUACAAACGCCUAUCAGGCUAUUCAUCUGCAUCGAAACGCUAUUACGUCAAGGGGUCUGUGGACGGUCUACCCAUUGAAGCUUUUCCUGAUAGUGGCGCAGAGAAAUGCUUCAUUUCACCAGAGAUGGCGUCGAAUCUCGGCCUAAGCCCGAUGACCAACACCCAAAGAGCCACGCGCCUUGCCAACAAGAAGCAGGUACAGUCACCCGGAAUGGUUCAGGUCCCUUGGAUCUUCGCUGGAGAAGACGAGCAGCAUCUACUGAAAUGCUGGAUUCUCCCUGGCUGCAUUCACGACCUAGUGCUGGGUCAUGAUUUUAUCAAGAUGACUCAAACUUUUACCAAGUUCAAACAACGAGUCAAGAACAAGCUCUCUUCUCUGCGAGCACCAUUUCUAAGACUUCUAGGCAGUGGAAGGCAACGUGUCGUAGGAUUUUUGAAUGGCGAAAUGACGUUUGCCAUGCCGGAUACUGGUUCAGACCUCAUGCUUGUGUCUGGACCGCACGCCCGAAGAAACGGUCUGCUCGUGGACAACGGGUCGGAACACCGGCUCGAGGUUGGACUUGCAGAUGGUAGCACAUGCCUGACCACCGGUGUUGUGCGGGACGUAUCAUGGGCUGUUGGCGACAAGACAGUUCGGUGCGAAUUUCACGUACUGGAGGAUCUCUGCGUGGACGUCGUCCUGAGCAAGGACUAUCUUUUCGACUUGGAAAUAUUUUCCACCUACCCGGAGUGGUUUAUUGACAUCGACUCGGAGGAAAACGUUUUCCACUUUUUCAACAUUCGCCUCCUUGGCAGGUAUGGCAGUGAGUUGAAUGCCUUGGAGGAACAGUACCUAGUCGAUUUAUUCGGCGAGAGCUGGCGAGGAGAGAUCUGA